CACCUCUCUAAAAACCUGCCAUUUGCCCUCCUAAUUUAAAUUUCUUUCGAAAAUCCCCACAAAACCCUUCUUCAUUUCUCUGCAACAACAAACUAAAAACCCUAGAAAUCAAUUCAAUCGCCUCCGUCGUCACCGUAACGCUUACAAUGCACCCUCACUCCUACACGCUCGAUUCCCUCUCCAAAUCUCAAGAACUCGCGUCGGCGAUCCUCUCAUCGUCGACCGCUUCGCAGAUCUCUUCAGUAUGCGGCUCCAUCGAGUCAUUUCUACACUCGCACACACCUGAUCCUCAAUCUCGCCACUUCUUCUCUCUAACUUUCCCGACCUUAAUCUGCAAACUCUACGGCUUCUGCGACACACCACCGCCAUUAACUCCAAACGGACCUCAUUUCACCACGUCAUCCCCGUCUUCUAACGGAUGGAUUGAUGUCGUUUAUCAAUCAAACGACACUGAUCUUGCCUCUAAAGUUUUCAACCUGCUAUCUCCGAACGGUGUCCUUUUCCAAUCAAUUUCAGCCGUUGAUCGUCAAUCGCUUGUUAAAUACGUAUUCCCGGUGGAGCGGUUGCCGGAGUGGACUAGGUUAUUGCUGUCGAGUGAAAAGGAUUGUGACGUGUUAAACAAUCUUUGCCCUUCUCUUAGAGGUAAAAUUAAAGAGGAUUCAGUUAAAGGUGCUUCUUUAUAUUACCAGGUUCAGCUGAAUGUUUUCGAGUAUUUCAUGUUUUGGUUUGCUUAUUACCCGAUUAUGAAAGGAAAUUGUGAAAAUUUUAAUAGUAAUAAUAAUUUUACACUAAAAAGCAGGGUUAAGAAGUCAAACUUGGAGAAUUGGACUAAAUCGAUUACCGGACUUUCGAUUUCGAAGCGUGGAAAUGAACAGAAAUUGGAAUGCAAUUUAUAUUUGAGGCUUUUAUAUGCAUAUUUGCGUGCUUUUGUUCCUGUUUCUGAUUUAGGUUCGCAUAAUCUGCCUUAUCAUAGUUCACUCUUGCACUAUGGGUGUGUGACAAAUGAUGGGUUAAAUGAUGGGUAUGAGGCAGUAUCGUUGAGAGCUGCGUUUAUAGUUGAUACAUUGGUGAACUAUUGGUUGGUUGAUACUGAUUUCUCGCCGUUGAAUGUUAAUGUUAGUAAAAUAUUUGGGUUGUCAUUUCCGCUGAGGUCAGUUUUAGGUGAGACUCCUCCUACACCUAAUCUUGGCGAGGUGGUGAAAUUGUUGGUUAGGUACUUGAAUUUGAGUGCAAAUGUGGUUAAAGAGGGUACUGACCGCGUGGGUAGUGCUAAUUGGAACAGGGUAUCGUUGAGUUCAUUUGAUGUGAAAUCAACUGAUUUUGCUGCCUCUGUGAAUGAUUCUCUUUUAUAUAUGGACGGCUCGUGGAAUUUGAGGAUUCAAAGACCAUUGUAUAGGUUUAUCUUGAGGACCUUUUUAUUCUGUCCGGUGGAAACUACUAUAAAGAAUGCUUCACAGGUGUUUGGGAUUUGGAUUAGUUACUUGGAACCAUGGAAGAAUGGAUUCGAUGAUUUUGCGGAGCUUGAUUCUAUUGUUGGUGAAUUAGGGAAAGAUGUGAAGAAAGAAAACUACAGGAGGAAUGAGAAUGGAUAUUCAUCUUUGUGGCAGCACUAUAUAUUGUCUAAUUACUUGUACUAUAGCUCCUUGGUUAUGCAUUUCAUUGGGUUUGCACACAAGUUUCUUCAUGCUGAUCCAGAAGUGAUAGUCCAGAUGGUGUUGCAGGUUAUGAAAAUACUGACAUCAUCCCAGGAGUUGACUGAUCUAAUAAAGAAUGUGGAUGCUGUUUUUCAUUCCAAACAAUCCGGAGUAGGGAAGUCAAUACGUAACGGCUUACAUAAAUACAUUACUUUAAUUCGUGAACAAUUGCAGGAUUGGGAGGAUGGUUUAUGCGAAAGUGAUGCUGAUGGAUCUUUCUUGCAUGAGAACUGGAAUAAGGAUCUAAGACUCUUUAGCAAUGGAGAAGAUGGUGGGCAACAGCUCCUUCAGCUGUUCAUAUUGCGCGCUGAAGCUGAGUUGCAAGCAAACUAUGGUGAUAACCUUGCCCACAACCUUCAGCUUAUUGAUUCACUGAAGGCACAAUUAAGCUACUUAUUUGGUGAUUCAACCGUCAGACGGCUUUCAUUUACUCCAGAAACGAAACAAUGCGAUCAAUCAAGGGAUGAAUUGUUCAAGCCCAGAAGAUCCGGCAACCAGGCAUGGGCUGAUGUAAAAUACAAGGGUGACUGGAUGAAGCGGCCCAUAUCUGAUGAUGAGGUUUCAUGGCUUGCAAAAUUGCUAGUGUGGUUGUCUGAUAAGCUGAAUGAUAGUCUUGGAUUGAAUCAAGCACAAUGCAGUGACAUAGUCCCCGAAUGGUCAGAGAAGCUGAAUGAUAGUCUUGGGCUGAAUCAAGCACAAAGCAGUGACAUAGUCCCCAAAUGGUCAUACGUGGAGGUGUCGAGUGACAUGGAAAAUGUGUGUGGGCCCACUGAUACGAUAAAGCUGAUGUUGUGUGCUAUUGGUUCUUGGUUUCUGGCACUGUGUGCUGCAGCAACAAGAUUUAUGAGACAACAUGGUCUGCGGGUAAAUCUCAGGAUGCUGGCUUCAAAGAAGAUCGUGAUGGUGUUGCUCAUCUCUGUUAUAUUCAGUGUACUGAAAAGAGCUUUUGGAAUGUUUUAUAGAGUGUAGAUAAGAGUGAAUAAACUAGAAUACUAUGGAAAAUGUGAAAAAUCCGAGAUUGCACAGUUUUUGUAACACAAAAUGGAAAGAAAAAAACCUAAAGAAAGAAAGAAAAGUAGGAGUAUGAUUUAUUUUCAGGUUUUGCUUCAUACAGUUUUUUUCUUUGGAAUUUUUUUGUAUUCUCCUUGUAAAUGAUCAUGACAUGCAAUAUGAAAAAUUGGCAGUUUUCUUGAA